AUGGAUCAACAAGAUGUCAUUGAACCACGGCCUGUCACCGAUGCCACUGAGUUUCUUGGUGACUUUCCGUCUCCAUCGCGCUCGAUCAUCGCGAAGACCAUUUUCCACUACCUGAUUGGCGGCAAUCGCACACAUCGACGCACCGUAGAGGGGAAACUGGAAGAUCGGAAAGCUGUUUUUGCGACUUGGAGCUCCGAAGAUCGUAGGAAUGUACUCUCUUUCAUGCAUGUCGACAAGUGUUUUUACAAGGCCGGAAGAGAUGGGCUUGACAACAUCUUUCCCAAUGAACUCCCAAGGCCUGAUUGGAUGAAUGCCAAUUGCCGAAUUCUCAAUCUGCCUGAGGAAGUCUGGACAAAAAUCUACAAACUUCUUGGAUACAACAAAGAGAACCUGUUACCUCUUUGGAAGAGAGCUAGCUUGAGCGUCGAGAGUUUUGCCUCGGCGCCACCACAUCCGCACGAUUUGGACACUGGCCACAGCCACAUCGGCAAGUUUAGGUUGGUGUGCAAAAGGUGGGCGGAACUCGGCCUAAAGAACCAAUUCGCUCGCGUGCAGAUACGGUUUUCCAACAGAGACUUUCCGAGAUUACGAAGACUUGCAAGGUGGCAACAUGCUGCUAGCAAUGUCAAGCAGUUCUCGUACAUUGUCCCUCGAUUCUACAGCAAAGAUGCAUAUCAGUUUGAAGAAAUUCUGCAUCAUUUCAACGUGUCGAGCACCAAUUCACAAGUUGGCGAAAGGAGGCAGCCAUCGACCGAGUCUCAACGCCGCGUCGCGGAACACUACCGGAGACAGAUCUUCAACGCGAUGUUGAAGGCCAGAGAACAGAAGAGGAUUAUCAUAGAAGAAAUCGAUCAAGAUGCGUUACGUGUUGCCAUGAAAGCAUUCACCCAUUUGAAGCAAAUACGAGUGAUGAGGGUGGUGGACCCAGUCGAUGGUGGUUGGGCAAUUUUCCUCCAGAAUAAUCCAAUUUACGCAGAUGCGCACACCGAGUCAGAAUGGACGGCUGCGUCUGAUCAUGCCAUAUCAACGUUAUAUGCAGCUAUUAGGCGAUCGGGAUCUCCUUUCGUUCGUUUCUCAAGCCGUUUCAUGGAGCCAUCAAUGCCAAUUAGCCUUACCAACUCCCUUAUCAGCCAAGUUGGAGGAAUCGCCCGUCAGCUCAUUUCGAUCGAGUUGCAGUUUGUAGAUGACACAGAUCCAAAUGAGAGACUCGCUACAUUAUCGCCUCUGUUCAGAAUUUUUUUCAAGGCUGCGGGCCACUUGGAAAGCUUUCACAUCGGCUGCAAUCGACAAAUAUCGGUGCCACUGGCGGUCGUCUUCCACAAUGUGCACUUCGAAAACCUAAAUCACAUUGGAUUGAGCAAGUGGCAAUUAGAUUGGGAGGAUCUUUUGAAGAUGUUGGAACGGCACCAGCGGCUGAAAUCGCUACGUUUGAGGGAAAUCGUUCUCAGAAGAACAUCUUUAGAGGAAUCCAAUUGGGAAAAAGUUCUGCGCUUUAUUCGACUGAAUCUCAGGUGGCUCGAAUGGCUCAGUCUCCGCGAUAUUGGCUAUGAAGACACGCCUACCUUUGAUGGCAUGCAUCCACUUGCUCCUUUCUACCAGCCGCAACACAAUGGCUCCGAAAGCGACCUAGACAACGACCCGAACGACUGGGAUUCAUCUGAGGUUGAAGACGACGAUGAUUCGGAUUUGGGUGACACUCCCAAUCAGCCAGCUAAUGUACACGAUAUUCAGCAUCCUUUAAAUCAGGAUGUCGAUAUUGCACAAGAUACAGGUUCGGAAGACGAAGGGUCUGAUGACGAGGCUAUGGAUGAGUAUGAGGGCUCGGUACGGUCUACGACUGGCCCAGGUGAUGACGACGAUCAUCAUAGUGAUCUGGGCAGCGUCCACAAUGAAACAUUAUCGGCAGUCGAUGCUAAGCCAGGACAAUGCGCUUGUGAGCACGGAUUUGCUUUGGAUAAUAUUGGAGAUAAUGGGAUAUUGGUAACAAAAGAUCAGUGGAAGAGGUGGCAGAUUUGGGCAAUGAAGAGAUGCUGGCAACAUGACAACGCACGAUACGGAUAA